CAUAUUGUGAAAUCUGGGUUAUCAAUCAUUCAGGAAAUAGCAUUAACCUUUCUGAAAAUGAUAUUUAAUUGCUUAAAAUAAAUCUGCUCGAGUAAUUUGGAGAAGAAAGAAGGAGUAGAAGGAAUAGAACGAAGUGAAGAGACUAAAGGAAUAGAGCGAAGUGAAGAGAGAUUGCGAUUUUUGAGAAUUGAUAAAAUUACUAAUUGCUUCCAGGAGAUUGGAAAAGUAUUGCAAGAUUUGUGCAGAUCGGCGGAAGUGAGUUUUGUGCGCUUAAAAAUAUUAAACAUCGAUAGCUGUGAUAAGAGCAAAGGUAAAGAUUUUUGAGAUGUUAUGGUUAGACGGUAAGAACAAACGAGGUGAUACAAAAGUAGAAGAAGAAAAAGAGUCAAUGAAGUGUUUGUUGAGAAGAUAUGGGUCGAGCAGAUGAAUUGAGAAAAUGGGUAGGUACGACGGGAGAAGAUGACACCGAGAAGACGAUAAUUGGCGACACUCUUUUUAUCUACUCUAACGCAAUAUAUCGCUAAGCGCUCCACAAGCACAGGCUGUAUCUAUCGAUGUGACUUCAAGUACAAUAUAAUUACACUUUAUAACGUAAACAGUUAUUGCUAUCAGUAUGCACGACACGAUACCAAGCAAUUCUCAUGAUGAUACGUAUGAUAUUAAGUGCAAAGAAGAAAUUAUUACGAAAAGAGAAACACAAAAAACGGAUAUCCUGUGGUUUACGGUCUUUUACUUAUUGAUGAUGCAUACCAUUGGAUUUUACGGUUUAAUCACGUUCAACUACUUUGAAAAUUUAAGGACAACUUUGUGGUUACUAAUUUUGUAUAACCUAGGAUGCAUCGGUGUAACUGCUGGUGCUCAUAGAUUUUGGUCUCAUCGAUCAUACAACGCUAAUCUACCGCUCAGGCUCAUCCUUUUUGUUUGUUACUGUUCGAGCGGAGGGGUCUCUAUUUUUAGUUGGGUACGAAUUCAUCGUGUACAUCACAAAUACGUCGACACAGAUUUAGAUCCUCACAAUAGCCGACGCGGCUUUUUCUUUUGCCACAUAGGUUGGAUUCUAAGAAGACUCAGGCCUGAAAUCAUUCAAAAGUUACGUGAGACUGAUAUGAGGGACAUUUUGGCAGACCCAAUCAUCGCUUUUCAUAAAAAAUAUGUUACUUUGGUGAACUUGAUAUUCUCUUAUGUCUUGCCCACACUAAUACCAGUUUACUUCUGGGGUGAGACAUGGAACAGAUCCUUUAUUUCACAAGUAGCUCGAGUGAUGCUGGUGUUACAUGCAAGUUUUUCCAUAAACAGUUUUGCUCACAUGUGGGGUACCAAGCCAUACAAUAAAAAUAUACGACCAACAGAGAAUAUGAGCGUGAGUGUAGUUUGUAGUGGCGAAGGAUUUCAUAAUUAUCAUCACACAUUUCCUUGGGACUAUCGUGCAUCCGAGUUUAAUUGGUAUAUUUUCAAUCACUCGUCGUUUUUCAUCGACAUGUUCGCGAAGAUCGGAUGGGCCUACAAUCUCAAGAAACCGUCCUCUGAGCUUGUGAAACGAGUUGCUGCCGAUAAGGGCGAUGGUUCCCGUGCCAAAUGGGACGAAAUCCCAAUGUGCGAUUGAAGUGCCAAAGAUUAAAAUGCAACA